CCAACAGGAAGUCAAACUUUUAAAUGAAGAUAAUAGAGUAUAUUGAGGAAGAUGAUAGGUACAAGUGCCUUUCCUGCAAGGUCCAUCUGGCUGCAACAAAUUGUGUUGUUUCUAAGGAGUUCAAAGGAAGCACAGGGACAGCUUAUCUUAUUGAAGACGUGAUAAAUACAUUUGAUGGAAGCACAGAGGAGAGGGAGCUAAUGUCCGGCCUCCAUGUUGUUUGUGACAUCUUUUGCGUGAAUUGCUGCAAUUAUGUAGGCUGGAGAUAUCUCAAAGCUUAUAAUGAGGACCAGAAGUACAAGGAAGGCAAGUUCAUCCUUGAGAGGGCCCUUAUUUGCAAGGCUUAGGCCCUAGCAUCCUUAGAUGGAUCAGAAGCAGGCUUACAGAUUAGGAAGCUUAUUCUUUUUACUAAAAUCUUUCACAAAUAUUUUAUAAUAA